AUGGAAUCGGUGCGCAAAGCAAACCAAAGGAUCCGCAACUAUCCAAUUCUGCUGAGCAAGUGCGCGGACAAAGCCACUGCGUAUGCGGUUUGCGUGUCGCGGGAUCUAAACGUGCAGCACAAAAUCUGCGACACCGAGUUCAAGGAGUUCCUUAGCUGUAUCCGCAAGACCGCUUUGGAAAUGAAGACCAAGCUCUAGACAAACGUAAACAAUAAAAACAAUGACUCAAA